AUGGCUAUCGCCCACGUCGCUACAGAGUAUGUGUUCAGUGAUUUCCUCCUGAAGGAGCCGGGUCAGGGAAGGUACCCCGCCGUGCGCACUGAACUAGCCGUGGACAAGAUGGUGUCGUGCGUAGCGGUGGGACUCCCUCUCCUCCUCAUCUCUCUAGCCUUCGCCCAGGAGGUCUCUGUGGGUGUUCAGAUCAGCUGUUUCCCUCCAGCUAACUUUUCCAGACGCCAGGCCAUAUACCUGGACUCCUACUGCUGGGCAGCCUUACACACUCGAACACUACAGUUAUGGCAACACAAGUUCUUCCCCUAUAUCCUGCUGUUGGUAGCAGUAAUUAUGUAUAGUCCAGCAGUUUUUUGGGGUUUCUCUGCCUCGCCUCUGCUUCAGUCAGACCUCAGCUUCAUCAUAGAAGAGCUCGACCGCUGCUACAACCGUGCUGUUACUCUGGCUAAACGCAUGGCCACUGCUGGGGAACACACAGACAGUGGUGCGUCCGACCCUACUGAGGGGUGUUUCAUGUACCCGGUGGUGGAGCAGUAUCUGCUGACCAAGAGGAGGAGUGUUGUGUUGUUGUGGCGGUACCUGCUGUGUCGAGGCCUCAACCUGCUCACCUUGCUUCUGGCCUGUGUCUACCUGGGCUACUACCUCUGCCUCGCAUCCCUCACUGACCAGUUCGGCUGUUCCCUACGCACCGGACUCCUGGCCAAUGACACCUCGAUCCCCGACCAAUUACAGUGCAAGCUGGUCGCCGUGGGCGUUUUCACUUUGCUCAGCUUUGUUAACCUGCUGGUGUACGCCAUGCUGGUUCCCGUGGUGAUAUACUCCACUCUGCGCCCUUUCUUCCAAUCACACACCCAUUUCCUGGAGUCCUACCAAUCACUGCCUACCACCGGUGUUCUGCCGCUACCCCAGGGGCAAUGGGAUGACCUGACACUCUACUUCCUUUUCCUGGAAGAAAACCUCAGCGAGCUCAAGUCCUACAAGUACAUGAAUGUGUGUGUGUGUUUGCUAAGAAGGAGGGGGUUAUGUGAGGGCGAGGACUUUGAUACCAUGGGACUGCUUCAGAUGCUGUGUCUGGUGAAGACUGAUGUCACAGACGGAAAGAGGAGCAACACAGCUACCUCCAAUGCUAGUGACAAUGCCUCCAAUGUUAAUGCUGGCCUUAAAGCUAAAGCUAAUGCUAAUGACAACCCUAUUGCUAAAGCUAGCCAUAUUGCUAAUGCUAACCCUGCCGCUGGGGAGGCCAGCAGCAAGGCCCAAGUCCCCAGUCCAGCAGCAAGGCCAAAGUCCCCAGUCCAGCUUCUCCAGACCCAGGCUGAUGCCAGACCAGUGCCACUGAGAUGACAGGCAACAGUGGAAUGGAAGGCGGAGUGACGAGGGGGGCGGUCCGACAGCGAAUGAGCUGAUCGUUGCCAUGAAGGAACAGCCCCAGUGGGUUGAGGGACACUAGGAACCAGAGCGGUUCUAAGACCCAGACACUCAACAAGCCAUUAUCUAAACAACUCAGACUAAGGAUUAGAAGAGAUGUCUUGAUGUCAAUGGGACACUUAACUAACGCCAGUGGUACUAGCCAACAAUGCCAUGAAGUCGCUUUGAUGUGAUCGGGGAUUUGAAUUGGACACGCAGUUUCUGGGUAUUUUCCUAUAUGUAAAGCCAUACUGCCCAAGGUGUAUUUGUGUGUGGUGGUGGCGACAUACUGUAUGCAGAAGGGUCUAACUAUGGUACCACUGAGGAUUUCCUAUACAGGACAACUUGAUACAGCUGUUGAUAACAAAAACAAAAAAAAGCCAGAAUAUUAUCAAUGUAUUAUGUAAUUACAUGAAGAAAUAAGGGGAGAUCGUAGCUAUAUUCAAUACAAUGCACAAGUUGAUAUAAAACCUACAGUUGAAGUCAAAGUUUACAUACACUUAAGUUGGAAUCGUUUUCAACUUUAAAUGAUUCUGAUGGGCUAUUUGACAUCAUUUGCGUCAAUUGGAGGUGUACCUGUGGAUGUAUUUCAUGGCCCACCUUCAAACGCAGUGCCUCUUUGCUUGACAUGGUAUAUCAAAAGAUAUCAACCAAAAAAUUGUAGUCCUCCACAAGUCUGGUUCAUGCUUGGGAGCAAUUUCCAAACACCUGAAGGUAGCACGUUCAUCUGUACAAACAAUAGCACGAAAGUAUAAACACCAUGGGACCACACGGCUGUCAUACCGCUCAGGAAGGAGACAUGUUCUGUCUCCUAGAGAUGAACGUACUUUGGUGCAAAAGGUGCAAAUCAAUCCCAGAACAACUGCAAAGGACCUUGAGAAGAUGCUGGAGGAAACGGGUACAAAAGUAUUGAUAUCCACAGUAAAACGAGUCCUGUAUCGACAUAACCUGAAAGGCCACUCAGGAAGGAAAAAGCCACUGCUCCAAAACCACCAUAAAAAAGCCAGACUACGGUUUGCAACUGCACACCAUCCCAACCAUGAAGCACGGGGGUGGCAGCAUCAUGUUGUGGGGGUGCUUUUCUGCAGGAGGGACUAGUGCAAUUCACAAAAUAGAUAGCAUCAUAAGGCAGGACAAUUAUGUAGAUAUAUUGAAGUAACAUCUCAAGACAUCAGUCAGGAAGUUGAAGCGUGGUUGCAAAUGGGUCUUCCAAAUGGACAAUGACCCCAAACAUACUUCCAAAGUUGUGGCAAAAUGGCUUAGGGACAGCAAAGUCAAGGUAUUGGAGUGGCCAUCACAAAGCCCUGACCUCAAUCCUAUAGAAAAGUUGUGGGCAGAACUGAAAAGGUGUGUGCGAGCAAGGAGGCCUACAAACCUGAGUUACACCAGCUCUAUCAGGAGGAAUGAGCCAAAAUUCACCCAACUUAUUGUGGGAAACUUGUGGAAGGCAACCCGACACGUUUGACCCAAGUUAAACAAUUUAAAGGCAAUGCUACCAAAUACUAAUUGAGUGUAUGUAAGCUUCUGACUCACUGGGAAUGUGAUGAAAGAAAUUAAAUCUGAAAUAAAUCAUUCUCUCUACUAUUAUUCUGACAUUUCACAUUCUUAAAAUCAAGUGGUGAUCCUAACUGACCUAAGACGGGGACUUUUUACUAGGAUUAAAUGUCAGGAAUUGUGAAAAACUGAGUUUAAAUGUAUUUGGCUAAGGUGUAUGUAAACUUCCAACUUCAACUGUCUGUUUAACCCUUUAUCAUGGUUGGUGUCUUGAGGAUUUGUCCAAAAUCAUGCAACAUAAAAUAUAACUUUUUUAUCCUUGCAAUUUUGGCAGUGUAAAUUGUUUUUGUGAUAUAUUGGCAUUAAUCUGUUAAAUUAGACAUUGAAUCUUGUAGGAAUCCUGGAUCUAACCAUUUGACCAUUUUUUUUUCCCUCUUUUCUAUAGAGAUCUCAGAAAUGCAAUAUAACUUGUAACAUUUUGUGUGGAUCUCGUUAUGUUAUGGGGUGAAAACGGAUUAUGGGCACACAAAUCCAAAAUGAUGUAUGUAAUUGCAAGAUCGGGUGCUUCUAACCGAAAGUCACCUUGCCUUUUAUAUUUAAAAUGUACAUUGAUACUGUCAUUAAUGUGGUUCUUCAAUAAUUAUGCAUAAUAUUUGUUGGAUGUGCAUUUGGUGUCCAGCUGAUCAGUUACGCUGUGAUAUUUUCAAAUAUCAUCUGAUGAAGGAAGGAAUUUAAUGAAUGACAGUCAAAUGACAAACAGCUGUUGUGAUAGCGCAUGCGAUGCAACAACUGCCCAAGUGCUGGAAAAAAGGUGUUUGGGAGGAAUGUCAAGAAUGCAUUUAGAACGUUAUUUACUCUGAUAUCCCUAGCGAGUUGAUGUUGAUCAUCUGUUGUCUGUCAAAACCCAUUGCUAUUCCUAUUCAUUCUGGAUAUAAUGACAAAUGACAUAACCUAGUGGCAAUGUAAUAUGAUCUGGUAAUGAAAUGACGAAUACAUUGUUUUCCAUAUUACACCUGCAAUUUUAAACAAUACAAGGGGCUUGAAGUAGUCUACAUUCUCAUUAUAAAAACAGAUGGUGAGAUUAAUGCUA